UUUACAAGAAUAUCGGAUGAAAGGGAAAACUAACAUUUACAGUGUCUGAGAGGAGAAGGCAGAUUGAUUGGAGAAAAGAAAAAAAAGUAUGGGAGCAGCCAUCCCACCAGCAGCAGAACACCCGAAAUUUCCGGAGUCGUCAAAGAAAGCAAACACAGAAGAGAAGGCACCGGCUCCAUCUCCAGAGCCAUCUUCUGAGAGUGAAGAGAGCGAGCUAGAGAUUGAUAAGGAAGGUGUGAUUGAGCCAGAUAUUGAUGAACCCCAGGAAAUGGGAGAUGAAAGCCUUGAGGUUUCAGAGGAACUAAUGGAUCAAGCCAAUGAAAAGAAAAUGGAAGCUAUUAAUGCAUUGAGUGAGGGAAACUUGGAAAAAGCUAUUGGCCACUUUACAGAGGCUAUUAAGUUGAAUCCACGUCUGGCUGUUCUUUAUGCUAAACGAGCCAGUGUCUAUGUGAAAAUGCAGAAACCUAAUGCAGCUAUUCGGGACUGUGACAAAGCCAUCAGCAUCAAUCCUGACUCAGCACAGCCUUACAAGUGGAGGGGAAAAGCACACAGAUUGCUUGGACACUGGGAGGAGGCAGCACGGGAUCUGGCCACAGCCUGUAAAUUGGAUUACGAUGAUGAUACCAGCUCCACGCUUAAGGAGGUGCAACCUCGGGCUCAAAAGAUUAUAGAACACAGAAGAAAAUACGAAAGGAAGCGUGAAGAGAAGGCUAUGCGAGAGCGAAUAGAGCGUGCAAAAAAAGCAAAGGAGGAACAUGAAAAAGCACGUAAGGAGGAAGAGGCUCGCCGUCCAGGGGCAGCUGGAUUCAGUGGUUUCCCAGGAGGUGCUGGUGGUUUUCCAGGAGGAAUGCCUGGGAUGGCAGGAAUGCCUGGUCUGAAUGAUCUACUUGGUGACCCAGAGGUGCUUGCAGCUAUGCAGGAUCCUGAGAUAAUGGCUGCAUUCCAAGAUGUGGCCCAGAACCCAGCUAACAUCUCAAAAUACCAGAAUAACCCCAAGGUGAUGAACUUUGUGGGAAAACUAUCAACUAAAUUUGGUGCCAAGCCAUAAAGAGGCAGAUCACAGAAUGUUGGAAAUUAAAUCUUAAUUAGAAUUCCCUCCCCACCACCCCAUGCACUGCUCUUGUAUCUAUAUACCUCCCAAUGUUCAGAGUAGCCUGCUAUAUUUUUGAGUCUCUUUCUUAUAGAUUUUGAUUUUUUUGGAAUUUUUUGAAACGGUAAAAAAUUGUUGCUCAUGCAAAUAAACUCUCAUGCUGCUUAAUGUCUAUGGUGACCUGGGUCUGGAAACAGGUUUGUCACUCACACUGAGACUUGAGAGUAUUAAACCUUUCACUAACAAACUUUGAGGAUAUUUGAUGCCUCUUCUAUUUUAGCAAAUCAGUUAAUGCUAAAAUAAACUGUUUAAAAUUGUAGAGUGGAGAAUUUAAUGCAAACGUGGACUGGCCUUAGAAAGAAAAACAUUGGAACAAAUUAACUGUUUGUGGAGUCCAGACAUUAAUGUGCUUCUAACCUACCUUUGGCAUAGUUAAGCACAUAGUUUUGUAUUGUGGCAUGAAACCAAAGGCUUUUACUUGAACUAUUUCAGGUUUAAAACUUGAUUAAUCCUCUGCUACAGUAGAUAAUAUUAAAGAAGCCCUUGUACCGCAAUCUGCUGAGUUAGCUAAUCUCGAAGGGCAUUCGUUUGGAUGCUGUCAGUCGCCUUGGAUUAUACAGAUGAGCAAUCCCUACUUCCAGUGAUUUCACUGCAUGUUGUGGUUUUUGAAUAUGAAGAGAAAUUUGAUAGACUUGUACUCUGGUCAAACAGAGAUGUAUCAGUGGGCUGUAAAUGCCUUUUGAGCUGCAGCCAAGCAUAAAUGACUGUCUACUUAAAUACUAGUUUCAUGGUAAGAUUCUAAUGGGGAAAGGGGUGAAAGUUGAGCACUUCCUAGCUGAAAUGUCUUGAGUAUUUGGUCAAAGGGGCAUGAUAGCUUAGUCUUUAUUACCCACCAUACAACUUUGAGCACCCAAGUGGACAAAUAGCCACUGCCAUGAGGUUGCAACUAGGUUAAUUGGUUCUCAAUUAUAUUUCUCCCCUGUAACAAUCAAUAUAUUUUGAAAAGGAGAUUGAUGAAUAUCUAACUAGAGAGAAAUAUAAAUGUAAAAAUCAAGUAUGAGAGCUCUACUUAUUCUGACCCUAAAAAUGUCUUUGUUUGCCUCCUUCAUAAGAUUAAAAUCUGGUGAAUUCA